CACAAACACAAAAAGCAUUGACUUUGGACAACGACGAUGAAGAAGAAGAAGAAAAUGUGGUCAACAUGUAAAUCAUCAUCAGUCGAGUGGUAGUCAUUUUCGUCAUCAUGAAUAUUGUCGAUAAAUAUUUGCAACUAAUCAAUCGAACCUAUUAUGGAUUAUCGGUUGUUUAUCCAGAAACAAUACAGCAAAAAUUUCGACCACCAUUUUUAAUUGAUUUAAUUGAAACUAUUCAAUAUCGAAUGGAAAUGAAUAAUUAUUAUUGGAUGGAAAUCAUAUCGAUUGUUGUAUGCAUCAUAUUGUUGGCCAUUAUUCGUUAUGUAUUGGUGAAUAAAUUCAUCAUUAAACAAUUACGACAUUAUCGUCUUAUAUUGGGCCACCAUGAUCAUCAUCGAUUUGGCAAUAAUUUAUGGAAUUGUCUAUUUUAUAUGCAUACAUUCACAUUAUCAUGGUGGAUAAUGGCCAAUAUUGGAUGUUUAGAAUAUCCAAAACGAUUCUGGAUCAAUAAUUCAUCGGACAUUUAUUAUGGUGGUCAAACAUCAAUGAUAAUAAUGUAUCUUUAUUUAAUAGAUAUUUCGAAUUAUAUCUAUUCAAUGAUUUAUUUAUGCAAAAAUUAUCGUCAACAAUUGUGGGAUAAAGAUUCACCAAUGAUCAUCAUACAUCAUUUAGCCGCUAUUCUGUUGUUUACAUUAUCACAUAUGAUCAAUAUGCAUCGUAUGGGUGUAGCAAUCAUUUUUCUUCUUGAAAUAUCAGAAAUUUUCUAUUUUCUUCGCUGUAUGGUUAAAUUACAGAUCCAUUUCAUACAACGAUGGCAAAAUUCAAUUCGUUUCAUUGGUUUCACAUCAAUGUGUAUUGUAUGGCUAUAUAAUCGAUUAUAUCGAUAUCCAUUGAUUAUUUUAACAUCAGUUAUCGAUUAUGGUUAUCAGAAUCUUGUAGAUAUGGAUAGAAUUGCCAUCUAUAUAUUGAUUUAUUAUUUGUUAUUAUUGAUACAAUUAUUCAAUAUUUAUGGAUCAUUUAUUUUGAUUAAAUUAAUCAUUCGUAUCUAUAGUAGUGGCCUGGAUAAACUGGAAGAUGUACGUGAAAUCCGUUGUCAACGUUAAAUCAUCCAAUCAAUAUAUAUAUAUACACACAAUCACGAUAGUUGUUGUUGUCCAGUAAUGUACGAAAUGUGAUUGAAUGAUGAGAGAGGGAGAUUAACGUCAAAACAUUGUUGUUGUUAUCAAUCUAUA